AUGGCUCUCUGCACUGCCUCCAGACAUGAGAACAUCGCCGUCGCCAUAACCACCGCUGCUGAACGUGCUGCGGCACAACCUCCACCCAACGCAGGCGAAGCGGGCAGACUCUCCGGCGAAGCAUCGCAUCAGCCCAUAGACGACAAUGAGUUUGCCGCGGAGCCACCGCCGAGGCCGGAAGAGGACGACGACGACAUCCCAUACCCCGAGCCCGAAGACGAGACCCAGCUUCAACCGCCGGCGGACUUCAAGCCAUUCUUUACUUUGAUCGAAGAUCCGGUGACUCGCGAGCACCAUCAUCCAGUAGUACAUUAUGUCUUUGCCGAUGACGAUCAGGACAUAAUCACGAAUGCUGCUCUAGAAACUCUGCCGCCCAAGCGACCGGAUGCCAAUGAAGUUGAGGAUAGAUUCGUCGUCGUAGAUAUGGCUGCAGAUGGCAAGGAAGUCGUGAACGCAACCUCUCUGUCAGUGAAUUGGCAAGGCUUGACGACCAAGGUAGCACAAGCUCCAAGCUGGGGGGAUGACAGCAACCUAGCAGAUAGAGGACUGAUGCUACACAUUUCUGGUCGAGAAGCGAGGGAAGAAAAGAGAAGAACCAAAGGGGAUGUACAAGCUUUGCUCACGGCAUUUGAUGACCAUCUUGAUGAUCUGAAUGGCCUGCUCGGAGACGAGGACGCUGGAACGGCCCACGAGCCGCCUGCUCUGCGAUGA